AUGGCAGGACAGGCCUUUAGGAAGUUCCUCCCCCUCUUCGACCGAGUCCUGGUGGAGAGGUGCGCCGCGGAAACGGUCACCAAAGGCGGCAUCAUGCUUCCAGAAAAGGCGCAAGGAAAAGUAUUGCAUGCCACAGUGGUCGCUGUUGGAUCCGGCUCCAAAGGAAAGGGUGGAGAGGUUCAACCUGUUAGCGUGAAGGUUGGAGAUAAAGUUCUCCUUCCAGAAUAUGGAGGCACCAAAGUAGUUAUAGAUGACAAGGACUAUUUCUUAUUUAGAGAUGGUGACAUUCUUGGAAAGUAUGUAGACUGA